AUGUUUUUAUAUUUUCUACUAUUAGGAAUAUUUCCAGAAUUUUCCGCUCAAAAAGUCGGCGGAAACGAGCCGCUGAUCGUUCCGACUGGAGGGCCGAGGGCGAUUUUCCCAAAUUUAAUCACUUCGGACAAUUUCCCACUUUUCCCAUUCACCGAUCAGUUCAACACGGGUUUCGAGUUGAAUCCAGCGAAUAAAGUGGCCCUUUCAGGGGACAUGAAUUUCCCGGUGCCCGGCUGGGGAAACGUGGAUUUGGACGGGAAUCUCUACUCCGGAAAUAUUAACACCGAUUUCAAAAUUGGUUAUCAAUUCCGUCCCACGAACCACCUACACAUCAAGCCGGAAACGUUGGCAUUGUUAGGGCAAAAUCCGGCUUUCCGAGAGGCUAGACGAAAAGCUCAAGAAGUUGUGGUUGGUCGGAUCCCUUACGGAUAUGAACCGAUCAAAUGCAAGCCACCAUAUUGUAAUCCAUUUGUUCAUUCGGGAGCGGUUGCUGUUGAAUUUGAGCCAGGAGACGAUUCUUUCUUUAUUGGCGGUCUCGAUUUCCCGCUUCCGAUCGGCGAAAUGGGACAAGGAGUCCGCUUCCCAUUGUCGGGCGCUGUUGAACAGGGAACUUCUCCAUUCGCUUAUGCUCACGGUGAUGCGUACAAUCCGGUUUCUAUGUGGGACAUGGAGAAAAUGGAAGAUGACACGAAACCGAUCAAUAUGAAAAGGAGAGCGCCGACAAAAAAGUCUGCUUAUACGGCUGAGGAAAAGAAAGCUUUCUACCACAAAUUUUUCGGCCGCGAAAUGGACGAUCUCGAGAAAAAGGGGAAUAAGAUCGAUUUCUCU